UGUCUGGUGAACUUUCCAGAAGAGGAGGCCCUGCUGCAGGAGGAGCCAAGAGGCAGAGAAGAGGCACCAAAAGCUGUGGAGUUGCAGCAGCUGUUGCCCUUGGGGGGUGUGUACCACAUUUCUGCCCUGCAGCUGCCGCCCCAGGCCCAGGACAUCGGGGACUGGAGCAUGGUGGAGCUGCUGGAUGUUGGAUUGGAGGUGUAUCCAUAUUCCCCAGGAAAGGCUGAAGAUGGCACACAGGAAGCAGUACAGAUAACCCUGAGGCUCCCUGAUAAUGUGAUUUAUUUUAAAGUGCCUGUGGUAGCCCAAUGGGAUCCUAUAGGCCAGCAGUGGAGAACUGAUGGCAUCAGCAAGAUAACCUAUGAAGCAGAAGAAAAGAGCAUCACCUUUAGCAUGGGUGCCUUUUACACAGUAGCCCUUCUCCAGGAUGCUCACCUGAAUCUGCCCUAUCAGGCCUGGGAAUUGCACCCUGCUGGUGUGGAUGAAGGGCUCUUCACAGUUACUGCAGUCUUUGCAACCAUUCAGAUACAAAUUAAGGAUAAUCAGCAUAUGUUGUCUUCAGUAGUGGUGGAAGAAGAGGAGAUGCUUUCCCACAUCACAGGAAAAUGGAUGAGUCCUUUUGCCCUCAGAGCAGCUUUGAAAAGAGCUGGAGUGAACAUUUUCCCAGCAGAGUACUCUCCCAAGUACGUCCCUGUGCCCAGGAAGGCUGCCCUUGCAGAAGUGAAGGCCUAUGAACAGAUGGCUCUGCUUGCAGCUGCUUUUGCUUUUGCUCACAGCAAGUGGAAUGGAGAAGCAGGGCCAGAGCAAGUUGUGUUCAAGGUUUGUGGAAUCCCACCAAACUCCCAGAGCAGACCAGCACUGACCCCUUCCCCAGUUAGACAGGAACAAUUAACUCACCCGUGCUGGCUUCAGCCCCUGCCUCAGUUCAGUCACAGACUGCACCUGGGAGCUCUCAGGGGACACAAGUCACAGCAACAAAGACACUGGCUAAGGAAAAUGGAGCUGGUAAGGGAACAUCUCACAGUGAUGAAAGUACAAAACCUCAAGCUCCCUGAAACCAGUGAAGCUUUUUCAAAAGAGCUGGAAGAAGAGUCUGAAUUUCACUCCACACUCUACCACAUGCUCAAGGAUUCUGCCAGCAGUGAAGCCAUGGAUAAAGUGGAAAGAGCUGGCUUCCUGUUUAUUGAUUCUGUGUAUCAGCUGCUCCUGCCUACCAGAGUUUUAGCAUACUCUUAGAUACUGCAUGCUUUCCUUUGAAACUUUAUUAUCAAAAGCUUUUAAAUAAAGUUACAUUUCAAGUCUUAAAUCAUUUUCUAUUCAAAACACUGAAAAAGGUUCUGAAA